GUGACUAAUUCAACCAACCGUCACUAUAUUUAAAACCCCCCCCAGUGAUAUAAAUCUACCACCAAUUGUGACAAACGUUCCAGACAUUCUCCCUUGCUCACUCCACCACACUCUCUGGCGUAGGCCUUCGUGCAGUGGAUUUCUAUCGCCAAGCUAGCCUACGUAGUUCGACUAAAUCCGUUCGGAGCCCUGAUUAGAAUUGUGUUUGACCGGAAGGCGAAUAGAAACAUCCAAUUCAAGCUCACCCCGCUAGAAUGCACCAUACAUAAAAUCCUACUCCCGACUUUUGAAUAGAUCUUUCAUCCUCAUCACACAAAUCUUCUGAAAGUUCUUGCUCAUUGAUACCCAGGCUCCCAAUAACACUUGGCAAUAUCCUCAUAUCCCCCAGAAUCGACUAUCUUCGACCUCUAGUUUCCGGUAUGCUUUCACCUCCUCAGAAAGCGGGCAAAAUGCUCAAAUCUAUCAAGCAACGUCUUUCGGGGGCUUCCGACAAGACCUCUAACAAGAUCACUCAAUCUAAUUUGGUUUCCAACCUCAAGCGUACGGUUCAAUCUACUCCCGACUUGCUCAAGAUCCAGCAGGAGCCUUACGAGAGGGUCUGUUCGUCGCCACUUUCUCAAAACGCAACCGGGAAGCUUCCCCCUCUCCAACCUACCCCAACCAGCUCGUCGAAAAGUUUGAAGAUGAAUUGCGUCGCAUCCUCUCCCGGUUGUAUGCAAUCUAGUUAUUUGCAAGAAGGGCGCGCAAAACCCAUGCCCGCAGAAGAGAUCUUGUUCUCGCCUACGAAAGAAUCCUUCAAAUCUCCCAAGCCUAAAAAGAUGAAAAUAAAUUUUGCUUUGGGGAAGAAGAAACGCCUCAGCGAUUCUCAAGGGAUUGGAGAAGCUGCUCCUAACCUGCCUAUGAUCACACUCACCACUCCCGAUGAUGAAGGGAUUUACGUUCUUCAUCGACCUACUCCUCCUAUCUCUUCACAACCUUUCCUCGCGGUUCCCAACCGCUCCUGCUCUACUGCAAACACGUCCGAACCUCGAAAAGUCUCAGCGAAGAAAUGGCCACACCCUGCCGGUCCCUGGCUUCGUCCCUCAAGCCCUGACGAAUACCUAGUCAAGUCUAAGAAUGAUCAGUUGACGUGGCAAGAAGGAUGGCGUCUAGCAACUGGUAGAGUCAUCGGCUGGGAUCCAGAAUCUAUGGACGCUCUUGGAAUCGCCUUCCCGCCUCAACUUCCAACCGAACAAGACUUGAAAACGAUUGCCUUGAUCCAGCAAAUCUCGAACAGUCUAGAUCAAGCUCAAGAUGCUCUUUACAGAAGUAUGGAGGUCGACUGGGAUUCGGAUUUGGACGAUGAUGACGAUGAAAAGAUGAUGGAAGAAAGCUUGUAUUUCCCAGCCUGCGUGUCAUCCUAG